CGCUUUCAAUUUGAGACGUGUCCUUUCAAAUAUUGAUUGAAUUAAAUCGAUAUAAAACUUGUCAGCUAUUGGAAUUUGCAAAAAUGGACGGAAAUAAUAUAUUUCUUUCUUUAUGUGCGGUCAUAUUCACUUUUGGAGAAGUAUGGUCAUUGGAGAAACCGAAAGGAAUUGAAGAUGAUGUGUACUGCUUGGGUUGUCAAGUUACAGUGAAAGAAAUUGAUCGCAUGUUGCGGAAAAAACCAACACGAGGUAUUGGUGAGACUGUGACUCGUGCACUAGCUCAGGUCUGUGAAAAACAAGUUCUUGACAAGUAUGAGCUCAAAGCAUCCAGAAGUGUGGAAAUCUGCAAGCAUAUCACCAAGGAUGAAGGCCUUGAGGCUGCACUUAUUGGGGAAUACGGAAGGUUGCACGCACAGGGGAAACAGACAUCAUACAUGGAGAUGGCCAGCUUAAUCUGCGGUAAAAUCAUUAAGGCCUGCGCACCAAUGCGACCUAUUGAAAACAUGAAAGAUGAAGAUGGGAGUAUCACUUACGAUCCUGAGACAGAGGGUUUUAAAAUCAAUCCUGGUAAAAAGGUUCGGGUAGCUGGGUCAUCAAGCAGCAAUGACUCCAAGAAAGAACCAGUGAAGCAGUCCAAGCCUGAUAGUAUACCAGUUCGCCAGGCUCACAAUCAUGAAGAAUUGUAAACCAUUCUGUGGAAAUGUUUUAAAGGGAAAUAAUCACUUCCUGGAGUUCAAUUGGAACACCUCGGCCAUCUCCACCAUACAAAGAGCCUCAGAUGUAUGCUUAUGCAGGAGUAAAAUUACAUGUAGUUCAUAAAUUUAAUUAUGAUAUUUUAAUUAAUUGUAGUGCUUCAACAUGUUAUUCUUAUUACUUCAUUAAAAUUGAUUCCCAGUGAAGUGUAUUAUUGCAUCAAUCAUUAAGAUUCCUAAGACUUAUGUCCCAAGGCUUAACUGCUAUAUUGAAAUUACUGCAGCAUAGUUAAAUGUCAAGAAUUCUGACAUUUUAAACCAUCCAUAUACAUCCCAGGUAGUGUCUAAGGAAAAUAGCUGAGAUGCUCCGAUUGCCUGGAGUUUUUGGUGUUUCAAGGAAUAUGAUCUGAUUUUUUGUAGAUUAUAACUUUGUGUUUUUUUAUAUAUAUAUUCCAAGUGUGGUAGAAGGUUAAUGUGUCUUAAAGACAAACAAAAAAGCUGACCCCAAUAUCACAAAAUAUUGAAGUCAAAUCUCAAUCUCAGUUUCAACUCAUUUUACCACAUAAAAGCACACUACGAUUAAAAUCUUGAAUGCUUUUAGUAUUUUAAACCACAUUUCCUCAUAGAAUAUGUUGAUAAAAACAUUUAGUCAAUAUUUCAAAGAAAAUUUAUUCUAUAACUAAAAAUAUAUUAGUUACUGUUUAAAACAUUGAGAUGUACCUUAUCCUUGCUGCAGAAUAUUUUUUUGGAAUCAUGACCAAAGUUUUAAAUCAACUUAUUCAAUGAAAGAAUGCUCUUUUAAAAGGUGUAAAAACAUAUACUAGUAUGAUUUUUAAUAUCUUGUGGAUCCAUGUGGUAAAAUGAGUUGAGACUGAGAUUGAGAUUUGACUAUUUUCAUAAUAUUGGGGCCUGGAACUUAGUAAGAGAUUAACUAAUGGUUUAUUUUUUUAUUAUUUAAGACAAUCAAAAACUACUUAUAAUCAAAGUUUUGCUGGAUUUUUUCAGUAACUUUUAGGAUUUAUUUUUGUAACUGGAUUAAAAUCAAUUUUUUAGACUAACAUUUACCUGCAUUAAUUUUUUAUUGAACAAGAUGCACUUAACUUUUUUUGUCUUUCAAUGCUCAAUUUACAGAUGUAAAAUGUACUGUUGAUGAUUUGUUGAAGCUUUGAAUAUUGCAUAUUGGUAUUGUAUCCUUUUGUAAAAAAAAUAUUUCAAGAGUGUUUUAUUUAAACAACGUUUUGCAAUCAUUUUGCAAUCAUUGUACUGCAAUAUUUCUUGAUAUGUUCUUAUUAUGUUCUUAUUAUGUAUACAUUUUGACUAGUGAUGUUGUAACAAUAGUUGGGUUUCUUUGUGUUGUAGUAGACAUUUAGAAUUAUAAAUAAUUUGUUACUAAUUAUUGUUAUAUAGGUGAUAGAUGUAUAUCCGUCCACUUGUAAAUGAGAAAAACCGUUAUUGAUGUAUGAUCCAUCCACUUGUAUCUAGUCUUUGAGGAAAAUACAUUUUGAAAAACCUUUACAGCAGAAACAAAAUAAUUUCUAUACAAAAUUAAGGUAACGAAAAAAAACUUCGGAAAAUAAUGUAUAAAAGUUUUUCAUCAGCAGCAAGAUUCAAGUUCAAUUGUUUCUUUCUCGGAAAUAUUCUGUGCUCUGUUAACAAUAUCUACAAAGUAACCUUGUAAUGGUCUUGAGCACAGUCAUUGGGGUGAACAUUUUUGUCACCCUUUGUCAUGAAAAUCAAAUGUUGUUUAAACUCUCCUUACUUGUUUAAUUCAAUUUUUAUUGUAAUGUAAAUCAGAGUAAACAUUUCUGUGAUAUUUGUCAUAAUUAUGUGUGUUAUUUUCUUACUUCAAAAGCAGGAAUCUUUUUAUACAAUUUCGGUUUGCAAUAAAACUAU